AUGGCGUAUGCACGGCGCCGCCUGUCGAUUUUGGCGAUAUUUCUUGUGUUGGUUGGGGCGCUUGUUUUUGUUCUGUGGUUUGGCGUAAAUUCUGACAAGGACAAUAUACACCCACUUCUCACACAAUUGAUACCCGCGGGGCACUGCACAUGUGAAUCGUCGACAACUUUCAACUGCACUAGCUGCUCGAAAGCGAUUGCCCCAGUCACUUUACGACCAUCGGAUCCUGUUUGGAAGUUCCAAUAUGGUAAAGACGGCCAGAACGUGAACCUCGACAGCGCACAGUGCAGAGCCUCGUUCCCAGGCCUUUUCGAAGACGUUGACCGUGCUGUUGCAUUCUGGAAAUCCCAUGGCAAUGUGUCAACACACAAUCUAGAUAAUGUAACUCUACGACGAGGAAUGGCAAGAGCAAUGAUUCAUGACCAGGAGCUGUAUGUAGUCGCAUCUCAGGCUGCGCAAGAGGACCACCGGCGAAAGAUUCUAGCAGUGUUGAGUUCGAUCCAUCGAGCUCUUGCGGCUGGUCAUGCCACUCCCAACAUCGAGUUCAUUUUUUCCGUUGAAGACAAGGUCGAAGACAUCGCCGGACCUGGCCAUCCGCUAUGGGUGCUUGCUCGAAAAGCGACUGAGGAAUCUGUAUGGUUGAUGCCUGAUUUUGGCUUCUGGGCGUGGGAUAACCUAUCCAAUUCAAUCGGGCCUUACAACCAGGUUGUAAGGAAUGCUAAACGCCUGGAAGAGAACCUACCGUGGUCUCUCAAGAUUAAAAAGGUUGUCUGGAGAGGGAAACUGAGUUUUGCGCCAAAACUGCGACGGGCGCUCCUUCAGAUCGCACGGGACCAGCCAUGGGGUGACGUGAAGGAGCUCGUCUGGAGCCGUAAGGACAAUUUUAUUGGCAUGGAGGAUCAUUGCAAGUACCAGUUUAUAGCCCACGUUGAAGGCCGGGCUUUCUCAUCGUCUCUGAAAUACCGCCAGGCAUGCCGCUCUGUUAUUAUUGUCCACAAGCUACAAUAUAUUCAGCAUCAUCACUAUCUUCUGCAAGCAGAAGGCCCGGAACAAAAUUAUGUGGAGGUAGAGAGAGACUUUGCAGACCUGCCGGAGAAAAUCAAUAUCCUAUUAGCUGACACAGCCCUCGCUGAGCGGAUAGCGAAUAACAGUGUGAAAACUUUCCGGGAACGUUAUCUCACCAAAGCUGCAGAGGCCUGCUAUUGGCGAGAGCUUUGGGUCGGUUGGGCAAAGGUCGCAUCAGAAGAUGGCAAAUUCGAGAGAAAGGGUCUGAGAUAUGAGUCAUUUAUUUUGCUGGAAUCAAAGGCCAUGAUGAUGUUUCCGCCAAUAGCUAAGGGAUCUGUCCAUUCUCUUAGGUCACUUUCAAUAAAAUCAGAGAAAACUUGCCCAAUUUAUGGGUAG